AUCAAGGUGAACGUGCUGGGUGAUGUGGUGGAGCAGGGCAGCACCGACUUUGCCCCCGAUGCUCGUGCCUUCAGCCUCCAUGCCGCCAUCUACGCCGCCCGACCCGACGCCCGCUGCAUCGUGCGCCUGCACACCCCGGCAACAGCAGCGGUGUCAGCCAUGCGCUGCGGUGUGCUGCCCAUCUCCCGUGCUGCGCUGCUGCUGGGGGACAUCGCCUACUUCGAUUUCCGUGGUGAGGUGGAGGACGAAGCCGACCGGGUUGAGCUGCAGAAGUGCCUCGGCCCCACCUGCAAGAUCCUGGUGCUGCGCAACCAUGGGGUGCUGGCGCUGGGCGACACGGCCGAGGAGGCUUUCUACAGCAUCUUCCACCUGCAGGCAGCCUGCGAGGUGCAGGUGUCGGCGCUGGCGAGUGCAGGCGGUGCAGAGAACCUCAUUGUGCUGGAGCGUGCCAAGCACCGUCCCCAUGAGGUGGGCUCCGUGCGCUGGGCUGGCAGCACCUUCGGCCCCAUGCAGAAGAGCCGGUUGGGCGAGCACGAAUUUGAAGCCCUGAUGAGGAUGCUGGACAACCUGGGUUACCGCACCGGUUACACCUACCGCUACCCCUUCGUGCAAGAGAAAAGCAAACCCAAAAGCGAUGUGCUCAUCCCUGCCACGGUGACGGCCUUUGUCUUUGAGGAGGAGGCGAUGCCCACGCCUGCGCUGCGGCAGCACGCACAGAAGCAGCAGAAGGAGAAGACGCGGUGGCUCAACACACCCAACACUUACCUGCGGGUCAGCGUGGCCGAGGAGCAGCAGGGAGGCCAGAAGACCAAGACGACCGUAUGGGGCUGUGGGGUUCUUUGGGGUUUUGGCUCCGGCUGAUCGCUCCUGGGGGGGCUUGUCGAUAAAAGGGAGGUAGGGGAUGCUUGGAGCGCUGGGUCCACCAAAAAUGGGUGAGCAGAGAGAGCACACAGGGGUUCUCCAGUAGUGAGAAAUGCUUGGUGUGCCCACUUCAGGCACACUAAGCAUGUCUUUAUUUGCCCCGUGUCUACCUUUAUUUGCCCCUGUCUGCCUUUAUUUGCCCCAUGUCUGCCUUUAUUUGCCCCGUGUCUACCUUUAUUUGCCCCGUGUCUGCCUUUAUUUGCCCCGUGUCU